CCUUUCUUCACCGUCCGCCCAACCCUGAGGAACUAAUUCAUCAAUUCAUCAGCGAUAGCGCCGUACUGAACUAGGUACGAACGUUAGAAGCACGCCUGACUCGACCUCACGCGGCAGCGAGGCAGCAAGGAAGUCGAAGCCUCUCGUGAGCCGCAGUCGGCCUUCUGUGGCACGAUUCGUUUCUCGUUCCUCGAGUAGCAUUUUAGCCAAGCAGAAUCCGCGUGUCGGUCGAGCUCCAAUGCUGUUCAGAGUUAAGAGUCGAGCGUUUUCACUCGUUAGCAGGAUUGGAUAGCGUUGCCAUCGAUUAGACUACCAGCUGAAUGUGCAGAACAACCUAGAUUUCACACCUGUGAGUCUUCUCCUACCUCUCCUCAGAGGCAGCCUGGCAGCUAACAUAUCAUUCACUCCCUCAGUGCCGUAGCGUUGCAAUCGUGAUCAGCCACGCUCGCCCCACACACGCAUAGGUCCUACCAGGAGCCAAAAUUCUGGUAACUCGCGGGAAAAAAAGGCAGCACUACACUCUCUCGGCUUCUCUUCUAACCAUUAGCCGCCGUUGCCAUAGCGGGUCGACCAUCGGCCAUGGCAAACACCAAGCUCCAACUUUCGCCAUUUCGUGGAAGACCUCUCGCCAUGGGAACGCGUCUUCUGAACCUGCUGGUUACCACUGCUCUCCUCCUCAGCCUCGUCAGCCUCGUCAGCGUCAUCGCUCCAGCUGACGCGCAUGCUAGGCCUCUAAAGGACGCGUCGCGCUUAGAUAGUGGGCGCAGGGGGCUGCGACGGCUAAGCGAGCAGGAACGGUUGAGAAUGGCGAGAGGGAGCGGAGGAGCCAGCGUGGCUGCUGCUGUGGCUGCAGCCGCUGCUGCUGCGACGUCGUCGUCGUUUGCGUCGCCCAGAGAGUCGUCGCAUGAGGGCCGACUGCUGGCAGAGGCGGCAGCGGGAGGAACGGCCGUGAUGAAGCUCUCGUCGCCCUACGUCUACGGGCGCUUCUACACGACAUUGACCCUGGGGACGCCGGCGCGCGAGUUCUACGUGCUACUGGACACCGUCUCGAGCCUCUCGUGGGUCUACUGCGACUGCGUCCAGUGCCCCACCUCGCCGCCCGUCACCGACCCCACGAAGCCGCGCGCGUUCUUCAACUCGUCCGCCUCCGCGACCGCGUCCGCGCUGGCCUGCAACAGCAGCGCGUGUGCGGCGUUCCCGAUGGCGGCGUGCGGUGCUGCGACGGCGCUGGGGGCGGCGCAGACGUACUCGUCCGCGGGCGCGUGCGAAUACUCGACGGCGGACACGGCGGGGGACGUGCUGGCGGACGUGAUGCCCCUCACCAACGCGGAGCGCGUCACGUCUUCUCCCACCGUCGCCUUCGGGUGCGCGCGGGUCAGCGCGCAGGCGGGAGGCAGCGACAUAUUCUCGGAGGUGGACGGCGCGCUGGGGCUGGGCACGCAGCCCUACUCGCUGCUCGCGCAACUCUCCGCGCCCCCCGCCAACGCCACCGCUGCCCCCGCCACCGUCGUGGCAUCGUCAUCGGCGGGGGGGUUGGUGGCGGCGGUGUGGUCGCUGUGCUUCGACAGUGUGGCGAACUCGGGCGUGCUGGUGCUGGGUAGCAUGACGCCGCCCGCUAACAUGGUCACCACGGCCUUCGAGACCGCAGCGGACGACUCCAGCUACUACCUGCCAGUGUGGCGCAUGCGCGUGGGCGGAACAGAGGUGCCGGGGAGCAAGACGCUGAGCCGGCACAGCGGAGCGGGGCAGGGCGGCAGCAGCGGCGGGGCGGCGUUCAAGGGAGGAGUGGUGAUCGACUCGGACAUCACGUACACGGCGCUCAGGAGCGACGUGUUCCUCAGAGUCGUGAAGAUGGUGUUUGCUGACCCGCGGCUAGUGCGGCAGGACACGGGGGGCGAAGUGUGUGUGUUCGUCAAGGCCAGCGACACGAGCAUGGUGUUGUUUCCGCCCGUCUUCCUGGACUUCGCGGAGGGGUCGUACGAGGUCACCUUCAACAACUACCUCAUGAUGAAUGAUGCGAGUGAGGCGGGGGCAACGCUGUGCCUGACAGCGUAUGCGCUCUCAAAUGACCGCGUGCACGAUGCUCACAUCGGCACGCUGUGGCUGCGCGACCAGUUCAUUCAGUUCAACCUGCCCAACAGGACCGUCAGCUUCGCCCCCCUCAACUGCACGUCAGGCAAGCCAGUGACAGCAGCACCGCAGCCACCUCCCACCACAAGCACCCCAAUCGACGCCAGCGCCAGCGCCCCUACACCUAUACCAGCACCAGCCACUCCCUCCGCCACCCCAACCGCUGCCCCUCCUUCCUCCCGAGCCCCUGCCCCCGCCUCCACUUCCUCCCCACCCGCCGCCCCUUCCUCUACCCCACCCCCCAACAAAAACCCCUCAAAUAACACCAAAGAGAACCGUACCCUCCCACACACAGGCACUGGCACAGGGAAGCCCGCUCCCGGUCCGUCUCCUCACCCUGCUCCUCCUUCGGCUGCAGCGCCCAGCCUUGCUGAGUCUGAAAAGGGCCCUAAAAAAACCGCUGCGGCUGAAGCGCCUAGUGGAGCGUCUUCUAAAGGGGAUGGGAAGCAGGAGCCAGGGGGUAAAGAGGGUGUGGCUCCCAGCGGGGCUACUGGGGGGGGGUUGGGAGGGAAGGAUGGGGAGGUGCUGGGGUUGGGCGUGGAUGCAGGGAGUGUGGAGGGGAUCAGCAGUGGUGGGGGCAAGAUGGUGGAUGGGAAUGCGACGGCGCUUAGCCCGCCUCCCGCUGAGAGCAAGAAGAAGAGCGGCUCGCCCUCUGCAAGCGCUCCUUCCCGGGGAUCCCUUGCUAUUUCAGUGGUCCUCUCCCUCGCUGUGUUGCUCCUCCUCCGACAACCGCUGCACUACUGACUGCCCAACCAUAGACAGAUGGCCAGGCAUGCCAAGGCCGACGCAGUUGUCAUGCCAACUCCCGCAAACGCACACACACACAACACACACACACACAACACACACACACACAACACACACACACACAACACACACACACACAACACACACACACACAACACACACACACACAACACACACACACACACACACACACACACACACACACACACACACACACACACAAAAACACAUACACACACCCCGUAACGAGGCCGCCUGUGUACGGUGCUCACCUGACCAGGAUUGGCUGGAUCUGGUGUGGCGAGCUGUGUGGGAUGCUGCAAGCACACUGCUGCAUGUGCGCCUGAGUUAGGGUAGGGCCGAGGGAGUUGGACGGAUGGCUAAUUGUGGCUAAUUGAGGCUAAUUGUGGAAUACGUAGUCUGAUCCAGGUGCAGUCUGCAUGCACCUACAGCAGUAAUAUAUAUGGCACCACGUUUGUUCCAAUGUCCACUGAACCCCCUC